CCUGGAAACCGGCUUUCUGGCUUUCGUUCGACGCAAAUAGUGGCACACAACGGAUCGCUUGAAAUGGAUUCUCUUCUGUCUCCUUCUGCCAUCUGCUCCUCCUCCUUCUCCCCCUCCUUCUCUUAUAAAACCUGACCCUCGCAAUCUGCAUAGGGCCGUCCAUUCAUUUUUGUUCACGUUCUCUAGGGCAGUUAUGAAGUCUCUUUUCUUUCUCGCGACUUUGUCGUCGACCGUGAACGCCUACUGGCUCAUGAGUGUUGGAACAUUAACGCCGGAGCCGCAGCGCGUGGACCCCAUUCUUUCUCCCGGCGCAGUUUCAUCUCAUUCUCAUUAUGUACUGGGCGGAAGCAACUUUAGGCAGACUACAGACACUGCUUCUCUUCGCUCGAGUGAAUGUACUACUACCCCCAUCGCAGAAGACAAGUCCAGUUAUUGGUAUCCUAACUUGUAUUUCGAAUGGGCCAAUGGUUCCUUCAGCUCCCUUACCGGUGGCAACGUUAUGUGCGUGAUCUAUUAUUUGUUUGACGACGAUGCCGCUGAGAAGAAUGUUACUGCUUUCCCUGAUGAUUUCCGGAUGAUCUCUGGGACGCCCACUCUGCGCACAUACAACGCCAGCAGCUACGCUCAACAGGCGGUCACCUUUUUGUGUCUCGAUUUCACUGGCACCACUACCAAGUUCAACAGCAUUCCUCCCCAGGCGUGUGCCAGCGGCAUUCGGGCUCAGAUCAACUUCCCCAGCUGCUGGGAUGGCGUGAACACCGACUCCACGGACCACAAAUCCCACGUCGCAUUCCUUAGCGGUGGUCCCGAUUCAGGAACUUGCGAGGACCCCAACUUCCCCGUUCGACUUCCCCGUAUUUUCCUUGAGGUUUACUGGAGCUCUGGCGAAUUUGAUAGCUUCCGUGACCAAGCGAAGAACUCUACGCAGCCAUUUGUCUUCUCUUUCGGCGAUCCCACCGGGUAUGGGUACCACGCCGAUUUCAUCAACGGCUGGGAUGACGGUGCCUUGCAGAAGGCCGUUGACAACUGUCAUUGUGAUGAGUACGGUAGCCCGCAAUGCUGUGCCGAUCAAGGUAUCUUCACCUAUCAAGAAGGCAAGGAAUGUUACAUUACGGACAUCGUUGAUGAGAAGACGAGCGGAUUAUUGACCAAGCUUCCUGGCAACAACCCUGUGCAGCAAGCCGGCAUCCAGGCAACUGUCUACACCGAUGAUGACGUACCCGGAUUCUUGGAACCUGUCUAUGUAUACACUGGUUCAUCUCCCACGGCUACCGCUACCGCUACGGAAGGUGGAAGCACUGCUGCAGGAUCUACCGGAUCAGCUGCUGCCUCUUCUGCUUCCUCGACUUUCACCAGCAUUGGUAACGUUGGCGCUGUCAUCCAGACAACUGCGUCGUCAUCGUCUACGGAGUCGUCACCCUCGUCCACAGAAGUGACAUCAGCCUCUGCAGAAGCGCCAUCGUCAACGGAAGCGGCGUCUCAAUCCACGGAAUCGACAUCAGCAUCUACAGAGUCGUCUUCUGACGCAUCGGAGUCGACAUCGGUUGCAGCUCCUGCCGCAUCCUCGUCUGCGUCGAGCACCAGUGCUGGUGGUCACGCUCAUCACACUCACGACCACGCCGCUGCCUCCUCUUCCUCUUCUUCCUCUUCAGGCGCGUGCAGACGCGAAUCACGCCGUGACGACUUUAUUGAUCAUUCCUCUCGCUUCCGUCGUACCCACCGUCGUCAUAUGGAUUACGACGCUUACACGUUCUGAUUUACUGGAUUUAAAUGCUGUCUUUUCUGCUAGUUAUACCCCACAUUGUUUAUAGUCGCUUAGGCCGAUUGUACUUAGCUGUCAUCAUCGCUCUUGAAUGUUACCUUGAAGGUAGAUAGAUACGGAGAGCUUGCUCUCGUUACCACUUGUCGUUUGUACAAUUCAUGUCGUUGCAUAUAGUCAUUGAGAUAUACAUGUAUUUUUUUGAA